AUGGGCAUCGGAACUUUUUGGUUGAAGAGGCUGAAAAUUGAACCUUCUGUUGCUAGGAGGUUCAAAUUGCAGCAUUUAUUGUUUGCUUUAGCGGCGUUGUACUUGGUCUUCAUAUCCGUUAAGUUUCCCCAGUUUCUAGAGAUAGCAAAGGCGAUGAGUGGUGAUGAUGGCUAUGUUGGAUUGGACCUGGCCAAAGUACAGGACUCUCAAGAUGGGGAUUUGAGUAAACCAUUAUUUAGUUCCGUUUAUAAGGAUACAUUUCACAGGAAAUUGGAAGACCAGAGCCAAGAUGCGCCUGUGAGGCCUAGCAAGGAACCUUUGGAAGAGAAGAAAAGUGAGUCUAAGCCUAUAAGGCCACUACAGCAUCGAUAUGGUCGGAUAACUGGUGAGAUUCUGAGGCAAAGGAAUAGAACUAACGAACUUUCAGUGCUUGAGAGGAUGGCAGAUGAGGCUUGGACAUUAGGGUUAAAUGCUUGGGAAGAAGUGGAUAAACAUGAUGGGAAGGUGACAGGAGAGAGUUCUAUAGUUGAGGGAAAACCUGAGUCAUGUCCUUCAUGGCUAUCGAUGAGUGGGGAAGAAUUGGCAAUGGGAGAUAAGUUGAUGUUCCUUCCUUGUGGGCUUGCUGCAGGCUCUUCUGUUACGGUGGUGGGAACAUCCCAUUAUGCUCAUCAGGAGUAUGUGCCCCAGCUGGCAAAGUUGAGGAGGGGUGAUGGAAUAGUUAUGGUCUCGCAAUUCAUGGUUGAGUUGCAAGGAUUGAAGUCAGUGGAUGGGGAGGACCCACCGAAGAUAUUGCACUUGAAUCCACGAUUAAAGGGAGAUUGGAGUCAUCGGCCAGUCAUUGAGCACAACACCUGUUAUAGGAUGCAAUGGGGAUCAGCUCAAAGGUGUGAUGGUUUACCAUCUAAGAACAAUGAAGACAUGCUAGUUGAUGGAUAUGGGAGAUGUGAAAAGUGGAUGCGGAAUGAUAUGGUAGACUCAAAGGAGUCCAAGACCAAGACUACCUCAUGGUUUAAGCGAUUCAUAGGGCGUGAGCAGAAGCCAGAAGUUACCUGGCCAUUUCCCUUUACAGAGGGUAGACUGUUUAUCCUGACCAUACGUGCUGGUGUGGAUGGAUUCCAUAUUAGUGUUGGGGGCAGGCAUGUGACUUCAUUUCCAUAUCGGACGGGUUUUACACUUGAAGAUGCAACCGGAUUAGCAAUUAAAGGAGAUGUUGAUGUACAUUCUGUUUAUGCUACUUCUCUUCCCACGUCUCAUCCAAGUUUCUCACCUCAAAGAGUACUGGAGAUGUCAGAGAAGUGGAAAGCUCGUCCUUUACCUAAGAGUCCUAUUCGGUUAUUUAUUGGGGUUCUUUCUGCUACGAAUCACUUUGCAGAGCGCAUGGCAGUGAGAAAAACUUGGAUGCAAUCAUCUGUAAUCAAGUCCUCAAACGUAGUAGUCCGUUUCUUUGUUGCAUUGAAUCCAAGGAAGGAGGUAAAUGCAGUGUUGAAGAAAGAGGCUGCUUACUUCGGUGACAUUGUGAUUUUGCCCUUUAUGGAUCGCUAUGAGCUUGUCGUUCUGAAAACCAUCUCUAUUUGUGAGUUUGGGGUCCAGAACGUGACAGCUGCAUACAUCAUGAAAUGUGACGAUGACACAUUUGUUAGAGUGGACACGGUAUUAAAGGAAAUUGAAGGCAUCUCUUCUAAAAAAUCCCUUUAUAUGGGCAAUCUUAACCUCUUGCAUCGCCCUCUUAGAAGUGGAAAAUGGGCUGUAACCUAUGAGGAGUGGCCAGAAGAAGUUUAUCCUCCAUAUGCCAAUGGCCCUGGAUAUAUAAUUUCCAUUGAUAUUGCUAAGUUUGUCAUUUCUCAGCAUGGGAGUCGAAGCCUAAGGCUUUUCAAGAUGGAGGAUGUGAGCAUGGGAAUGUGGGUUGAGCAGUUCAACAGUUCCAUGGCGACCGUCCAGUACUCCCAUAACUGGAAGUUUUGUCAGUAUGGAUGCAUGGAGAACUAUUACACUGCACAUUACCAAUCCCCAAGGCAAAUGAUCUGUCUUUGGGACAAGUUGGCUCGUGGUCGAGCGCAAUGCUGUAACUUCAGAUGA